UAAAAAUUUGUUACCUUAAGGUAAUUAAUCUGUUUUUGCAUUAUUUUCAUGUUCAUUUAAUAUAACGUCACCUACAUUCUUCUGUACAUUUAGUUUUAAAAAAUGGAACUAUUAUCAAUCAGUAAAGUAAUUAUAGCAUCAUUAAUGUGCUUCAUCGAUAUAUGUGUGAUGUCUGGGAAUGAUAAUCAUUCUCUUUGUUUAAUAUGUAAUGCGAAAAAGCCUCAAGUUAUGUUUGAACCUUGUAAUGACAUUGUUUCUUGUAGCAAAUGUACUAUAGAUUUGGAUGGGAAAAAUUGCCCAAAGUGUGAUUUGAAUAUAAACAAAUGUCUAAGAUUGGAAAAGCGUCCAAUUAAUCUUGAUGAUAUAGUAAGAAGAAUCGAUGAAAAUUCUUAUUUAGGAUCUUGUUCUAGAAUAAAUGAUGAGAGUCGAAGUAUUAAUGAAACAACCAAAACGGUAUUCCCAAGUUUGUUUAAAAAACCCGAUAAUGAUUUGUCUUUGGGUGAAUAUCCCUUGAAAUUAAACAGCUUUUCUAAUCAAAAGCCUAUUACGAAAAAAAUGUCGGUAUGUCAAUUAUGCAAUAAAGCAAUAGCUGUAGGGUAUAUUUUUCCUUGUUACCAUAAUUGUUGUACUUCUUGCGGAACUCAUAAAAAUAUUACACAUUGUAAAAAUUGCAAAAUGGAAAUUACUAACUUUACAAGAGAAGAACGUCCUGCAUUACCGAAAAGUUUUUUACGCGAUAGUGUCAUGCUUAAAGUGUGCAACUACAUAAAGAAUAGAUAUAAAAAUAAAUCAAGUUAGACACGCAUUCUAUGAAGUUAUUUCAAUAUUAUAUAUUUUUAUUGAUGUAUAUUAUUUGAUCGAAAAAUUAUAAUAAAAAUUCGAUUGCGUUGAA